AUGGCGUCGGAUCUUUACCCUCACAGAGGCUUCAUGCUGGACACAGGCCGAAAGUUCUUUCCAGUCCGAGCCAUUCUCGGCUUAUUAGCUGUGCUUCAGCAGUACAACUUCAAUGUCUUUCAUUGGCAUAUUUACGAUGCGGAAAGCUUCCCAAUAUACUGGCCUGCAGAUGGUGGUCUCACGAAUACCAGUAUCAAGUACAGUCAAUCGCCCGAGUACUAUACCAUGAAGGAUAUUCAGACUGUUGUCGCACAUGCGAAGCAGUUGGGGAUUCAAGUUUACCCAGAGACAGACAUGCCUGGUCAUAGUGACAUUUGGGGACUGUGGCAUAAGAACCUGGUAGUAGGCAAACCUAGUCUGACACAUCCGGAAGCCCAACUCGACAUCAGGCCACAGCAAAAACAAACAUACGAGAACAUCAAGAGUCUGGUUGCCACGGUGAACCAGUCUUUCGGAUCUCCAAUCCAUCACUUUGGCGGUGAUGAAGUGUCAUACAUUUGGAAGACGAAGGACGACAACAAAUUAUUCGAGACGUUUCUGAACUGGCUCAAGAGCUCAAACCCAACCAAAACGCUGAUUCUCUGGGAUGACCCUCUGACUGAUGAAGAAAAGGAUAUAAACAUAUCCGACGACUGGAUUAUACAGACCUGGCAUAACGGUGUCACUCAAGAUGUGCUUGAUCAGGGUCAUCGUGUUAUUGUCUCUGAAUCUAAGGCAUUCUACAUUGGGAAUGCAGACGCAGAGAGUAUAUCUUCGUUUGUAUUUCCAGACGAUCAGGAUGUUUUGGGGUAUGAAGUCGUGUGGUUUACCUCACAGGAUGAUGAUCCGUAUGACUAUAAGCAAAGUUGGGUAAUGGAACCUAUCAAGGCUGCGUCAAAAAUACGAAAGAAGAAGGGCGGGACUCAACAAUGCGCUUGA